AUGAAACAAUUAAAAUCACUUGAUAUUGGUGAAAAUCAAAUUGGUGCUGUAGGAGCCAAAUUCAUAAGUGAAAUGAAACAAUUAACAUCACUUGAUAUUAUUUACAAUCGAAUUGGUGCUGUAGGAGCCAAAUUAAUAAGUAAAAUGAAACAGUUAACAUCACUUGAUAUUGGUGGAAAUCAAAUUGGAGAUGAAGGAGCCAAAUUCAUAAGUGAAAUGAAACAAUUAACAUCACUUAGUAUUUAUAACAAUCUAAUUGGUGCUGUAGGAUUCGAAUUCAUAAGUGAAAUGAAACAAUUAACAUCGCUUGAUAUAUGUUACAAUGAAAUUGGUGAUGAAGGAGUCAAAUCAAUAUGUGAAAUGAAACAAUUAACAUCACUUAGUAUUUAUAACAAUCGAAUUGGUGAUGAAGGAGUCAAAUUUAUAAGUGAAAUGAAACAGCUAACAUCACUUGAUAUUAAUAACAAUCGAAUUGGUGUUCAAGGAGCCAAAUCAAUAUGUGAAAUGAAACAAUUAACAUCACUUAGUAUUUAUAACAAUCAAACUGGUGCUGUAGGAGCCAAAUUUAUAAGUGAAAUGAAACAAUUAACAUCACUUGAUAUUAGUGUAAAUGAAAUUGGUGUUGAAGGAGCCAAAUUUAUAAGUGAAAUGAAACAAUUAACAUCACUUAAUAUAUGUUACAAUCGAAUUGGUGCCGAAGGAGUCAAAUUAAUAAGUGAAAUGAAACAAUUAACAUCACUUGAUAUUGGUGGAAAUGAAAUUGGUGAUGAAGGAGCCAAAUUCAUAAGUGAAAUGAAACAAUUAACAUCACUUAAUAUAUGUGAAAAUCAAAUUGGUGAUGAAGGAGCCAAAUCAAUAAGUGAAAUGAAACAAUUAACAUCACUUGGUGCUUAUAACAAUGAAAUUGGUGUUGAAGGCACCAAAUUAAUAAGUGAAAUGAAACAAUUAACAUCACUUAAUAUAUCUAAGAAUCAAAUUGGUGAUGAAGGAGCCAAAUUAAUAAGUGAAAUGAAACAGUUAGCAUCACUUGAUAUAUAUUACAAUGAAAUUGGUGAUGAAGGAGUCAAAUUAAUAAGCGAAAUGAAACAAUUAAAAUCACUUAAUAUAUCUAAGAAUCAAAUUGGUGAUGAAGGAGCCAAAUUAAUAAGUGAAAUGAAACAAUUAACAUCACUUGAUAUACAUUUCAAUGAAAUUGGUGAUGAAGGAGUCAAAUUAAUAAGUGAAAUGAAACAAUUAACAUCACUUAGUAUUUAUAACCAAAAGAUGAAAUCUAUCAAUUAA